CGCAAGGUACGGUACCCCCGACACUCACUAAAUACCACAUAUGCAUUUCCGCUUGUCGCUACCACGCAUGCGCUUAUAGAGCCUCUUCGCCGCAAGUACUUGAUCGACGCCGCGAUGCAGCAGUGUAUUUAGAUUCGCUCGAGAAUGGAAAGGCUCGGUCCGCGGGUAAACGAUCCCCAAUGGUCCUCGAUACCGACCGACCUGCUCCUCGCGGAGCUCUCCCGACGCGAUGACGCCCAGGAUCGACCGGCAUGCGGCUCCGGCAAGAACGGGUCGCAUUAUAACACGGGUAUCCACGUUUUCGCCCUGUUCCUGAUCCUCACCCUGAGCACGCUGGCAUGCGGCUUCCCGCUGUUCUCGCAACGCUUGACAAAAGGCAGCCGACGCCAGCGCAACAUCAUCUUCCUCUGCCAGCAUUUUGGAACAGGUGUUUUGAUGUCGACGGCCUUCGUCCACCUCCUCCCGACCGCCUUCGUCUCGCUGACCGACCCGUGCCUUCCGCGAUUCUUCAGCAAGGGAUACAGGCCGCUCGCCGGGCUGAUUGCCAUGGUGUCGGCGUUUGUGGUGGUGGCGCUGGAAUCGUACCUAACAACCCGCGGCGCGCACCAUUCGCAUUCGCAUCAUGUCUGGGAGGACGAGGAUAGCAGCGGGGAUAGCGACGGUCCGGCACUGGGGAAUGCACACACUGGAAGCUCUCCCACAACCCGUCAUGCGCGGCGGGACCGACCGGCCAACAUCACGCUGGACGACCUCGAGGCGACAGAGGGUUUGGUCUCGGGAGCCUCACCGCUGCCUGGCUCGACACCGACGAUGCCGCCGGCCAGAGGAACCCUGCUCAACAAAAGCGGCGAAGAUGGCCGCAACUCGCAAGCAACGGACGAGAGAGAAUCGCUGGACCUCGAACUGAGCUUCGAGGAGCUCCGCCCAAACGCAGACGACGCCAUCCCACCACCACGGCGCGAGCACGAACCGGCCGGGCACGUCCCCAGCAGCGCCGAGGAGCAGCAGCGCAUGAUGCUGCAGUGCGUGCUCCUCGAGGCCGGCAUCCUGUUCCACAGCGUCUUCAUCGGCAUGGCGCUGUCCGUGGCGACGGGGCCGACCUUUGCCGUCUUCCUCAUCGCCAUCUCUUUCCACCAGUCCUUCGAAGGCCUAGCCCUCGGCACGCGCAUCGCGGCCCUGCACUUCCCGCGCUCGUCCCCGCGCCCUUGGCUGAUGGUGCUCGCCUUCGGCGCCACCACCCCGAUCGGCCAGGCGAUCGGCCUGUUUGUGCACCGCUUCUAUGACCCCAUGAGCCAGACGGGCUUGCUCAUGGUCGGGGUCAUGAACGCCAUCUCGAGCGGGCUGUUGUUGUUUGCCGGGCUGGUGCAGCUGCUGGCGGAGGAUUUCUUGACGGAGAAGAGCUACAAGACGCUGAAGGGCCGCCGGAGGGUGAAUGCCUUCCUUGCUGUGAUUGGUGGCGCGGCGUUGAUGGCUGCUGUUGGCGCGUUCGCUUGAGCUUCUUUUCUUUGACUGUUGCAUUUACGUAGACUGGAGCGAUUUAUAGCAUAUGUUAAAUUGUUGUUAACUUUGUAUAUAGUAUACGUUCCGGUAAUAUCUUCGUGGGGCAUAGAUAGGAUUGGCGUUGGCUGCUUCUGCAUAUGGAAUUCUUAUGUUUAUUUUUUUUCCCUUUUCCCCUAGUUCUUCCACUACCUUGCGCUGCUACUACCACUACUACUCAUCCCGCUCCCCUUCCUUUCAUUCCCCUCCAACCUACACCAUCAACCCCUCCCCUGCCCUUCACCUCCCUCCCCUGACAUACGCAUCAAACGCCGCCUUGGGCACCUUAGCCAAGCUCAGGUCCCCCUGGAACGUGUUGGCGCUGUCGUGCAC